CCACCAAUGCGGGGGAUAGCGGCGGGCACGCAGCGGCUCCGCGGCAGCGCGGAGGGCAGGUGAACUCCGGGGAAGGAUGACCGGCGUGGCCGCGAUCGUCUUUUUCCUGCAGCUCUUACCCAGGGCGGACGGACAGGUUUUCCCAGGUGGUUGUUCGUUCGAUGAGCACUACAGCAACUGUGGUUAUAGCGUCGCCUUGGGAACCAAUGGAUUUACCUGGGAGCAGAUCAACACCUGGGAAAAGCCAACAAUGGAUCCUGCUGUCCCAACUGGCUCCUUCAUGAUGGUGAACAGCUCUGGGAGAGCAUCAGGGCAGAAAGCUCACCUGCUGCUGCCCACUCUGAAGGAGAAUGACACCCACUGCAUUGAUUUCCACUAUUACCUGUCCAGCCGCGACCGCUCCAGCCCCGGCUCCCUCAACGUCUACGUCAAGGUCAACGGGGGCCCCCAGGGCAACCCCAUCUGGAACGUGUCAGGAGUGGUGACUGAGGGCUGGGUGAAGGCUGAGCUGGCCAUCAGCACCUUCUGGCCACAUUUCUACCAGGUGAUAUUUGAGUCUGUCUCUUUGAAAGGACACCCUGGGUACAUAGCUGUGGAUGAAGUCAGAGUCCUCGCCCAUCCCUGCAGAAAAGCCCCGCAUUUCCUGCGGCUGCAGAACGUGGAGGUGAACGUGGGGCAGAACGCCACCUUCCAGUGCAUCGCCGGGGGAAAGUGGUCACAGCACGACAAGCUCUGGCUCCAGCAGUGGAACGGGAGGGACACGGCCCUGAUGGUCACUCGAGUGGUCAACCACAGGCGUUUCUCAGCCACGGUGAGCGUGGCCGACACGUCGCAGCGCAGCAUCAGCAAGUACCGCUGCGUCAUCCGCUCCGACGGCGGCUCCGGCGUCUCCAACUACGCCGAGCUCAUCGUCAAAGAGCCUCCCACCCCGAUCGCGCCCCCGGAGCUGCUGGCCGUGGGAGCCACGUACCUGUGGAUCAAACCCAACGCCAACUCCAUCAUCGGGGACGGGCCCAUCAUCCUCAAGGAGGUGGAGUACAGGACCACCACGGGCAACUGGGCAGAGACCCACAUCGUGGACUCCCCCAACUACAAGCUGUGGCACCUGGACCCCGACGUGGAGUACGAGAUCCGCGUGCUGCUGACGCGCCCCGGGGAAGGGGGCACGGGACCACCCGGGCCCCCCCUGACCACCAGGACCAAGUGUGCAGACCCCGUGCACGGGCCGCAGAACGUGGAGGUGGUGGACAUCCGCUCGCGGCAGCUGACGCUGCAGUGGGAGCCCUUCGGCUACGCCGUGACGCGCUGCCACAGCUACAACCUCACCGUGCACUACCAGUACGUCUUCAACCAGCAGAAAUUCGAGGCAGAGGAGCUCAUCCAGACCUCCUCCCACUACACCCUGCGGGGGCUCCGGCCCUUCAUGACCAUCAGGCUGAGGUUGGCCCUCUCCAACCCCGAGGGCAGAAUGGAGAGCGAGGAGCUGGUGGUGCAGACUGAGGAGGAUGUUCCUGGACCCGUUCCCUUGGAAUCUAUCCAAGGAGGACCUUUUGAAGAGAAGAUCUACGUUCAGUGGAAGCCUCCAAAUGAGACAAAUGGCAUCAUUACACUCUAUGAGAUCACAUACAAGGCCGUUGGGUCUCUGGAUCCCAGUGCUGACCUGUCCAGCCAGAGAGGGAAAGUCUUCAAGCUGCGCAACGAAACCCAUCACCUCUUUGUGGGAUUGUACCCAGGCACCACCUACUCAUUCACCAUCAAAGCCAGCACAGUCAAGGGCUUUGGGCCACCCAUCACCACCAGGAUUGCAACCAAGAUUUCAGCUCCGUCCAUGCCGGAGUACGACACAGACUCUCCCCUCAACGAGACUGACACCACCAUCACUGUCAUGCUGAAACCUGCUCAGUCCCGGGGAGCACCUGUCAGUGUGUACCAGCUCGUUGUCAAGGAGGAGAAGCUGCAGAAAGCCCGGAGAGCUGCAGAUAUCAUCGAGUGCUUCUCUGUGCCAGUGAGCUACAAGAACGCCUCCAGCCUGGACUCCCCACACUACUUUGCAGCUGAGCUGAAGCCCAUCAACCUCCCUGUCACACAGCCCUUCACCGUGGGCGACAACAAGACCUACAAUGGCUACUGGAAUGCUCCUCUGUCUCCCCUGAAAAGCUACAGCAUAUACUUCCAGGCUCUUAGCAAGGCCAAUGGAGAAACAAAAAUCAACUGUGUCCGGCUGGCAACAAAAGCAGUGAUAGGUAGACACCAGGUGACCACGCCAAACCCGCCCAGCCUCUUGAGCACAGGAGCUUCCACCCAGAAUUCCAACGCAGUGGAACCUGAAAAGCAAGUGGACAGCACGGUGAAAAUGGCUGGAGUUAUAGCUGGUCUCCUGAUGUUUGUUAUUAUCCUCUUGGGAGCAAUGCUUACCAUCAAAAGAAGAAGAAAUGCAUAUUCCUACUCCUAUUACUUGCAUUCAAGCCAAUGUUUUAGGGGCCUCUCUGUCUUCUACAGGACCAGGAAGCUAGCCAAGAAGCAGAAGGAGACUCAGACCAGCACGCAGAGGGAGAUGGGUCCUGUGGCUUCUUCUGACAAGACCUCCACCAAACUCAGUGCUGUUCACAAUGAAGAAGCUUUUUCUUCCAGCUGCCAAGAUGUUAAUGGAUUCACAUCACCCUCUCCUUGUUCAUUUUCUGUCCAAAGCAAAACCCUUCAGAGCAAAUCUAUGUUGAAUUCCUACUACUCAGUUUCAUCAGACACCGUCCCAUCGACCACGCUGUUAGACAGCAGCCACGGGGAGCUGGCCCAGCCCACGCUGACCAUCCAGACCCACCCGUACCGCAGCUGCGAGCCCGUGGAGAUGUCCUACCCCCGGGGGCAGUUCCAGCCCGCCAUCCGCGUGGCAGACCUGCUGCAGCACAUCACCCAGAUGAAGAGGGGACAGGGCUAUGGCUUCAAGGAGGAGUAUGAGGCACUCCCCGAGGGGCAGACGGCGUCCUGGGAUACGGCCAAGGAAGACGAGAACCGCAACAAGAACAGAUAUGGAAACAUAAUCUCCUAUGAUCACUCAAGAGUGAGACUGCAGCUGCUGGAUGGGGACCCUCACUCCGACUACAUCAACGCCAAUUACAUCGACGGGUACCAUCGGCCUCGCCAUUACAUUGCAACUCAAGGGCCGAUGCAGGAGACAGUGAAGGAUUUCUGGAGAAUGAUUUGGCAAGAAAACUCUGCGAGCGUUGUCAUGGUCACCAACCUGGUAGAGGUGGGCAGGGUGAAGUGUGUUCGAUACUGGCCAGAUGACACAGAGGUCUAUGGAGAUAUUAAAGUCACAUUAAUUGAGACAGAGCCACUGGCAGAGUAUGUCAUACGCACCUUCACUGUCCAAAAGAAAGGCUACCAUGAGAUCCGGGAGAUUCGGCAGUUCCACUUCACCAGCUGGCCGGACCACGGCGUGCCCUGCUACGCCACGGGGCUGCUGGGCUUCGUGCGCCAGGUCAAGUUCCUCAACCCCCCCGAGGCAGGACCCAUCGUGGUGCACUGCAGUGCUGGGGCUGGGAGGACAGGGUGCUUUAUUGCCAUUGACAUCAUGCUGGACAUGGCAGAGAACGAGGGCGUGGUGGAUAUAUUCAACUGCGUGCGAGAGCUGCGCUCCCAGAGGGUCAAUUUGGUGCAGACAGAGGAGCAGUAUGUGUUUGUCCAUGAUGCCAUUUUGGAGGCAUGUCUCUGUGGCAACACAGCCAUUCCAGUCUGUGAGUUCAGAUCCAUAUAUUACAACAUCAGCAGACUGGAUCCACAGACCAAUUCCAGCCAGAUAAAAGAUGAGUUUCAGACGCUGAACAUCGUGACGCCGCGGGUGCGGCCGGAGGACUGCAGCAUCGGGCUGCUGCCGCGCAACCACGACAAGAACCGCUGCAUGGACGUGCUGCCGCUGGACCGCUGCCUGCCCUUCCUCAUCUCCGUGGAUGGCGAGUCCAGCAACUACAUCAAUGCUGCACUCAUGGAUAGCCACAAGCAGCCUGCUGCCUUCAUUGUCACCCAGCACCCUUUGCCCAACACCAUCACAGACUUCUGGAGGCUGGUGUUUGAUUACAACUGCUCCUCUGUGGUGAUGCUCAACGAGAUGGAUGCAGCACAGCUCUGCAUGCAGUACUGGCCAGAGAAGACAUCCUGUUGUUAUGGCCCAAUCCAGGUGGAGUUUGUUUCAGCAGAUAUUGAUGAAGAUAUCAUCAACAGGAUAUUCCGGAUUUGCAACAUGGCCAGGCCGCAGGACGGGUACCGCAUCGUGCAGCACCUGCAGUACAUCGGCUGGCCGGCCUACAGGGACACCCCUCCCUCCAAGCGCUCCCUGCUCAAGGUGGUCCGGAGGCUGGAGAAGUGGCAGGAGCAGUACGAUGGCAGAGACGGGCGCACCGUGGUCCACUGCCUGAACGGUGGUGGUCGCAGCGGCACCUUCUGUGCCAUCUGCAGCGUGUGUGAGAUGAUCCAGCAGCAGAACAUCAUUGACGUGUUCCACAUAGUGAAAACGCUACGGAAUAACAAGUCCAACAUGGUGGAGUCACUGGAACAGUAUAAAUUUGUAUACGAGGUUGCACUGGAAUACUUGAGUUCCUUUUAGCCCAGCCAAGGGAGGGGACCCCACAAUGUGCCAGACCCCAAACUCUGGUGGAUGCUUUUCCCCUGUCCCACACUGGAAGGCAGUGACAAGUGUGGGGAAGAAAACUUCUCCUGCCUUCUCAGCAAGAGACUGAGGUUGCAGAGACCUCGCUGGAAGGAGGAGGCGAUGCCUGUGUGUGCUGCUGCCUGCUUUCUAUGGGAACAUCUACUGCUUCUUAAAUAACUUACUGUAAAAAUUAGCAACGUGGGAGACAGGCUGAAAGACUGGACUUUCUAAUCCCCUCUGACUUCUCUCCUCUUUUGGAUUGUGUUUUUGUUCUGCUUGCUGCAGAGUGGGGAAGGAAUGAAACCCUUAGGAAAUUCUCUUUUAAAUGUCUCCUUUUUAAUUUAUAAUUUUGUUCUCAAAUCCCAGCCUUUUAAUUUUUUAAUUUCAUGCAGCAGUCAUUUGGGAAAAAUGAGAUAGCCAUAGGGGAUACAUGAAAUGUUUCAUUACAAUUUGUCUACCUUAUCUGUUUCCUUUUAUUUGUUUUUCCUAAUGAAAGGGCCAACACACACAUAUAAAAAACAAAAAAACUAUGCUGGAAUUCUCUUCCCAAAUGUAGUCCCUUUAAGCAUGAAAAUAGAUGGUGGAGAUGAGAAGCUGUACAUGGAACUGCUGCCUCCACAGAAAUAUUUCCUCCCAGUUUCUGCUCAACUUCAGGGCUGUGCAUGACCCAGCUCCAUCCCUCUAGUCUGUGUCCUUUCACUGCUGGUGAAACUGUUGAGGAGUUUCCCAGGCACUUGGACCUGAAAGUUGAAUAUUUGCAUCAAACAAAUGGCAUUCAUCUGGCAGCUCUGGUGACUUGGUCACCACAUUUCCCAAGUAUUAUCUGGGGUGCAGUGUGUCUCUGACAAACAGGGUAUGAAGUAGGUAUUACUGCUCAUAUACUAUGGUUGACUAUUUUUUAUUUAUUAUUUGUAUUGCUGUAGAACUUAGGAGCCCUAGUCACGCCAGGACCCUGCUGAACCAGGCACUGUGCAGGCAGACAGCAAAGAAAGUUCCUGCUCAAGAGUUUCAAAGUCUGAAGUUCUUAAAAUUGAAUUUGGGCAAGAUUUCCUCACUAUUGCCAGUGGCCCUACAAGCUUCAAAAUUGUGACCUAUUGGAGCUGUAGGAAAGGUGAUGUACAUACACAGGA